AAAAGCAACAACACAGAGAGAGAGAGAGAGAGAGAGAGAGAGAGAGAGAGGAGAAAAUGGGAGCGAUAACCAGCGCAGUGAUAGCGAUAGUGGGGGUGGUGCUGGGUUGGAUAACCAUCGAGAUUGCCUGCAAGCCUUGCCUUGAGCAAGGCCGCCAAGCCAUCGAUCGCAAUCUUAACCCCGACUACGAUCCCGAUGACGACGUCGUUUCCUCUGAUAUCCGCGCCCCUCUCAACCCUAACUCCACCGCCACCACCAUCCAUGUCGAGGUGGAGGAAGAUCCCAAGGCCGCUGCUACCUCCACUUCUGCUCAUUCCGAUGCGCUCAAGGCCGUCUGAUAUUGCCUCUUCCCAUCACCAACGUACACUCAGUUUCCUUCUGUAAAAAGGAAAAAGAAAGGAAAAUCAAUUAGAUGAGUGAGAAUGAUGUGAAAUUGAAAUCGAAUUGUGUGUUUGUAUUGGAAUUUGGAUCUGUAAUCUGUUUAUGAUGCAAUGUACUGCUGCUGCCUUCUUCCGUUGGAAAA